AUGAAUGAAUCUCUUAAAGAUGUAGAGAGCACGCUUGAUACAACAGAAUGCACUGCUCAACCUGAAACUGAGGAUCAAUUAGUUUCUAUCAAGCCUGAAAGAAUACAAGCUUCAGAUAUUGAAGUCAUGGAUGUUAAACAACCAUAUGCUGAGGAUGAGUUGGACAAGGUGGAAACUGAAGAUACUAGCAAGAGUGAUACAGAAGAUAUAAUCCCUCCUGCAACUAUACAUAUUACAGAUGUUGAACUAACAAGUGCUGCAAAUGAGGAUGUCAAUGAAGAGUUACAAGAUAUGAACAUCAAUGGGAUUACUCUCAUUGAUGAGAUGCCCACAUCUGAUUCAUUAGGAGCUGAACCUUUAGAUGAGGCAACCAUGGAAGUUUUAACUACUAAAGGCAUGGAUGUUAAGGAUCAGCCUGUGGAAGAUGAGUUGCAACAAGUGAGCCUUGUGAUGCCUGUUACCUUUAUAGAAGAGUCAGAACCAAUUAUAGAACAGGAGGUAAGUCAUCCCCAAUCAACCCCUCUUGAGUUCAAGCCCAUCAUGCAGGUUUCAGAUAUUGAGCUUCAGGAUACUAUGAGUCUGAACUCGGAUGAUGGAAUUUUACAAGUCAUUGAUGAAACUGUGGAUCCAUUGGUGUCUGUCAAGCUUGAAACUAUGGAUGAGUUGCUUGAGGUGGAAACCAAAGAUACUACAGAGAGUGAUGCAAAAGAUUCAAUGUGUCCAGAAACCAUGCAUACUUCAGAUAUUGAACUUACAGAAGUUGCAAAUGGGGAUUUGGUAGAAGGGUUGCAAGAAGUGAACACAGGUAAUAGUGAUGAGAAUGAUGUUUCAUAUGUGAUGCCUGUAGAAGCAGUUAUAAAAGAGGAGGAAAAACAGCCAUGUUCAACCCCUGCUGAGCUUAAGCAUAGCAUCCAAGUUUCAGAUAUUGAAGUUCAGGAUACUAAAGGUCAAAGUCUAGAUGAUGUGAUUUUACAAAUCAUCGAAGAGGAUGCAGGUGAAAAUUACAUCAAGGAUGUUGAGCAAUCAUUGCAUCAAUUAGAGGCUCAACUAGUUCAAGAUGAGGGAGUACUAAAUCACAACAUGUUGGAACAAUGUGCUGAAAUUGAUGCACUUGGAAGCUCAAUGCUGCUCGAACAAGGUGCCUUUGGCUCACAACUGGAAGCAGAAAGAAUUGAGGAGAUUUAUCUCACAGGCUACAUCCUGUCUUCUGGUGCAGCUUUGUUGAAGCAUCCAUUUAAGGCAUUGACAGGUGGAGAUGAUGCGUACUUUCUGUCUAGCAGCAAAUGGCUAGGGGUAGCUAGUGGGGUUAGCCAAUGGUCAUUCGAAGGCACUGAUCCAGGAAUUUAUGCACAAGAGCUCAUGAAAACCUGUGAAGAGAUUGUCUCAGUCUCGGAUACCAUCAGUAAUGUUCCAAUGACCAAUCCUGUUGAACUUCUUUGUAGAGGUGUCGAAGAAACAAAUAUGUCAGGUUCCUCGAAUAUUAUGAUAGCAAACUUCAAUGGUCAGGCUCUUCAUGUGGCUAACAUUGGAGACACAGGAUUUUUGAUAAUCAGACAUGGUGCUGUUUACAAGAAAUCUUCUCCAUUGCUUCACGAGUUCCAUUUCGCAUUGCAAGUUGAAAAUCUCGAUGAUCCCUUGCAACUUGUGGAGGAACACAUAAUUGAAGUAGAGGAAGGUGACAUAGUUGUAUCUGCAACAGAUGGACUUUUUGACAAUCUAUACGAGCAAGAAAUAGCUAUGGUGGUAUCAAAGUCACUACAAGCUGGGAUGAAACCAGAGGAAGUUGCUAGAGUAUUGGCAACACGAGCACAAGAGGUAGGGGUGUCUGCAUUUGUAAGAAGUCCGUUCUCAGAUGCUGCUCAGGCGGCCGGAUACACCGGAUAUAGUGGCGGCAAGCCGGACAAUGUGGCGGUGAUUGUGUCUUUGGUUGAAAAAAUAUCCACUUCAUAGAUACAGAUAAGGCACACACUCUGCUAUUUGUAAUUGCAUGUGUAUAAAAUUUACCCCAUUUCUAUAUUUGUAUAACAGACCAUUGGAUAAAUGCAACCUAUUGGCAAUUGAUGAAAUUUGCUAUUCUUUUUGAA